CAAAUGUCAACGUGACAUUAAAAGUGUUGUAAUUGUAAUUAACUAUUUUUAAGAAGUAUUUUUUUAGCUUUUCGUUUGUUUCAGUAAAUGUUAAAUUUUAUUCUAUAGCCCAGCAUUAGAAUUAUAUUUUUGAUAAAAAUUUCAAGUCCACAAAUUAUUUUAUAUCUGUUGUACAUUCUAUAUUGGUUUUUAAAGAACCAUCAUUAUUCUAUGGGCAGCCCUAAGUUCCCCCAAAGUUUAAAAAUCAAUAACCACUAAAUGUCAAAGUUGUCAAAUCCACAAAAAUAUUUUGGGCUGUUGCGCUGUUUGACGUCUUCGUACAUUUUCGAAAGUUGUACGUAGUUUUGGGGUUUUAAAAUUAUCUAUUGAAAAUAAUUAAGUAAUGUUUUAAAAAUUACAAAUCCAAAAUGACGGUGUUAGUGUCGUUAUUCUAUCUUCUAUUUUCGAUAUGUGUCGUCUAUCCACCCACCGAGUUCGUGUCGGCCGGCUUUACCAUAGCGCAGCUGUUCGAAAGUUUCCUUGGAUCUGAAAAUAUAAACUUUAUUGGAUACCAUAUGAAACGGACAACAAUCACGGCUUUGAUUCAUUCCGCGUUGCCUUUGGGCUAUGUUUUUACUCUGUUGUGUUCUGGAGAGCGGAAUCCGUGGUUGCCUGCGGCAGCAGCUGCGACUGCCAUCAUCCCUUUAUUAAUGUGCUAUAGGCUGUUAUGUUGGUGGGAAAAUGGGCAGGCGAAGCACCCAGUCGUGAAGUCUCUUUUGGCGUAUGUGACUCCAGGCACUGACUGGAGAGUGGUGGCAGCAAAUCUCAAUAUUGAAUUCAGAAAUGUAGACAAAGUGUCAAUACAGCUGAAUACAACAAGUAGGUUUGUUGCUACUGAGAACUGGCUGAUCAAAAUAAGUCCAUACAAACUUAAUGUUGUCAAACAAGGGGACUGCACUCUGGUUGCUACUGCAACUGACAGUCACAAUCUAACCGCAUCGGGAGAAGAUGAAGUUCAAUACGUUAACAUAGAAGCGAUACCAACCCGAGAUGACGUGGAGCGGUUCACGUUCCGUAUUUCGACGGUGGCACUACGAGACCUGCAGCCGAGGCUGUCGCAGCCAGUUCGAGUGCCUGACCACAUCUCAUUGCUACCUACACUCAUUGAACGAUUCGUCAAUGUAUUCAAACAUUAUGUGGAACAAAACCCCGUGUAUUAUAUUGAUCAAGAGCCAGAACUGUGCAUCGGUUGCAUGCAGUACCCAGCUGACGUGAAGUUGAACCGAAGGUGUGCUGCUCCGCCCCCUCAACUUGGGGAAGGACCACCGCAGUGCCAACAGUGCAAUUGCCGCGUGCUGUGGUGCUGCGCGUGCAUGGGGCGCUGGUGGGCGGCGCGCGCGUCGGGCCCGCCGGCGGGAUGGCUGGCGGGGCGCGCGAGCUGCCCGGUGUGCCGCGCCGCGUUCUGCCUGCUGGACGUGUGCCCGGCGCGCGCGCCGCCCGCGUCGUGAGGCGCGCGCCCCGCACUGCUCCUCAUCACGCUCAGCGCGCCCCGGCGCCACUAGGGAGCUCCGUGCGGGACUGUCACACUCUACACUCAGGUGCAAUCAUGUAUCUCCUUAUGUUAUUGGUUGACGAUAUGACGUCACUGUAUACUUCUUUCCCAAAAUGUCUGUGAGUCAGACUUUCGGUUUUAAAUGUUCAUUCCCUACUGCAAUGAAUUAUCAGUUUAGUCAUGAAAUCUAUUGUAUUAUUUAACACAAUAGUUAAAUGUAAUAAAUACUUUAUAGUAUUUUAGGUGUUAAAUGUUCAAUGUCUAGUAUACCAAACUAAUAAAUGUGCGUUGUUUUAUUUUGACUACAGUUAUAUCUUCAAUGUGAGUAUGUUGUUAACAAAUGUUUUGUUUCACCAAUUAUAUUUUUACAUUUUGUGUAGUUUUAACAUAAUAAUGUAAUAGUUGUGUAAUAUUUAUUACUGCGCAAGGAGGCUCGGCAUAAAAAUUAUACUUAAUGUGAUUAUAUACUUUUAAUUAAAGUACUCAAAUCAAUGUCUAUAUUUGUAAAAUUCAACUUUUUGAAUGUUGUCUGUAUAAAUGUUUAGAUUAACAUUGAAGUAAGUGUGGACGCAUCUGUGACUGUUUUUUAUUACUAAAAUGUAACAGCUAAUAAGAAUCGACUAAAUAAAAUUAUUAUAUUGUUAUCUUACUAAUGCCUACUACGUCCAACCUUACUUGAUUAUAUUAAUCUUUAAUUAUAUAUUAUUUUUAAUAAAAUGACAUAAUAAUUUUAAUCUAGGAAUUAACAAUGUGUAAUUUCAUAUUUUUGAAUGUAUAGACAUUUUAAUUAUCUUGAUGUGAAAAUCGACUAAAAUGUAAUUUUAAAAGAUAUUGCGCAUCACUUAUGUAGUAAGAUAAUUGCGAUUGACCAUGUCUUUUAUUAUAUGUAUUCUGAAUAUCUGGGUAUAUAUCAUUUUUAUUAAAAAUGUAAGUCAAUAAUCUAGGGUUAUUUAAUCAAAGGAGCUUAUCGUUUUUGUACUCAACUUAUGAAAAUUGAGGUCUCAGACCAUUUUUGAAAUGCAAGUGUUUGACAUAAUUCGUUGGAGGCUCCAUCUAGUGAGUGCAAAUACGAUAGCCUCCAUAGUAAUGAAAUUACAUUAAAAUAUUAAUGUCUAUUUAUAAUUAUGAUCU